AUGAAAAAGUUCAUGAGGAUAUUGACACCAGUAGUUGACAAAAUAGAUCCUGAGAAAGUGAAGAGAGCGAGGGCUUAUCAGAGGUUUACGCAGCUGGUAGAUGAUAUUGCUGAUGUGUCUACAGAUGUAAUCUACAAAACAGAUUCAGAUGUCACAAAAAAUGCCAUAAUAAGAUAUGAGAAUUUGUUGGAAUUGAAAAGCUGUGCAGCUGAGCUUAAGGAACGAGGUUAUAUUCAUGCAGUGCCAUCACAGAAACUCAUCAAGCUGCUCAGUGCAUUGCAAAUGAACAUCCGUGUUGCUGUUUAUGUCUCUGUGAGAACUGAUCCUGAUGAUGAUCCUUUUGAAAGAAAACUUCUUCAUGAAGUUAGCUCUGAAACAGUUAUGAGAGGUAUGACUGCAUGUAUUACAGCAUUAAGUGUUUUGACAUCUCCAAAUGUUCCCAAAAAGGUGUGUUUGGAAGAGAUUCUUGAUGUAAUAAUUACAUUCUUGGAGAACCAGAUGCAGCACACAAUAUACCCAUUCUUUGAUUUACUUUCCACCUCUUCCUCAAAAACAGGUCCUACAAACAACUGUAGCAAUCUUAGAAGGAAGAAAGCAGGUACGAAAAAGCAGCACACACUUUGUAAAGAAGGUAGUGAUCGAAUAACAGCAGUGCAGGUGGAGGAACAGGAGGGGAAAGCAAUAAAAGUUUUAUACCACCAAAUCGUGAAUGGAAUAUGCCUAUUAAUGGAAGUAGUUGCAUUAUAUCGUGCAACUCCACAACACAUUUCUGCCAUGUGUUCCUUAUCUGUGAGCCCUUUCUUCAUCAACAACAUAGCAGAAAUUCAGCUGGCUGCACUACGUCUCCUAGGAAUUAUUUUUUCUACGUAUGAAAAGUUCAGGCAUGCUGUACUUGGAGGACUCCUUGCAAGUACAAUGAAAUCAUCAUGCAAUAACCAGAUUCUACGCACAUAUAAAAUUGACAGUAGUGGUAGCAUUCAGAUGCUUACUGCUGUUGUGUUACAACUUGUACAGUGUUCUGUAGACAUGUCUACAACCCUUAUGUCUGAGUCUGAUAUACAGUCUGUUCUAGUGAAGAAGCACAAGGCAGCAGUAAAAGCAGUGGGAGUUUUUCUUCUUGAAUUUUUAAAAAAAUGUGCAUCAAGUAAGAAGGAAGAUAACACUUAUCGCAAGGCCUUCGAAGCUUUUGUUCAAGAUUUACUGAUUGCAGGGGACAAGCCAGAGUGGCCAGCUGUUCAUUCUUUCUUCUGCAUUCUCUGCAAUUUGUUUGCAAGAGGGCUUGAGAAGAAGGAUGCAAGUGCCCAGUUUCAUUUACUCUGUCUUCGCUGUUUGGGUUUGAUACUUUCAAAAGUACGGAGUGAUGCUGUAUUUUCACAAGGCAGAAUAAAUGAUGUUAUUCGUGUUGUGAAUUUGUUGAAAAGUCAAAAAAUGUCUGCUGGUGAAGAGAUAAUAUCAGAGAAACACUACAGUAAGGUGGAAAUUGUCGAAGCCCUACAGUAUGGGUUGAUCGAUUAUUUGACUGUAAACAUCAACCAGAAUCAAGACAUCUCAGAUCCUAGACAUUAUUACCUGAUGAAGUGGUAUAUAGAUGACAGUGUGCCCCAACUGAAAGAAAGUAAAUGCAAAAAACUGAAGACCUCAAAUGAAGGAACCAUCACUGGAUGUCAAAAGAAUUCGCUAAACGAAUUUCAUAAGGAUGGAAGAAAUAGCAAGGAAAACAAAAAUAAACAUAAAACUAAAAACCACAGUGGCAAUUAUUCUAAAAAGAAAUCUGAGGAAAGAAAUUCUGAAGCAAGCGUUUUGAAACAGAAGCAAUUACUUCUGAGUAAGAUGAUUUUAGAAAAUGUUGAUCAUAUGAAAGGUUCUCUGACAGAAUUUACUAUAAACUCUGAGGAUGCCAAAUUGAUUUGUAAAUACCUUCAUUCUUGUGAAAUAUUCUCAGAGAGCUCCAGUAUUUACCUCCAGUAUGUGAUAUGUGCAUUGUCUGAAAACUGUUCUGCCAUUUGUGCAGAAGCUAUUAAGUGUUUGAUAAUGAUAGUUGAAGCAGAUCCAUCUAUCUUGGGCAGAGAGGAUAUUCAGCAGUGUAUUAACCUCUCACUAGCUCAUAGUUCUACCUUGGUGCGUGAAAAAACUAUUGAUCUCAUUGGAAAGUUUAUACUUACUCAACCAGAUAAUUUUGAAAGAUAUUAUGAUUGCAUCAUGCAUUUCAUACAGGAUUCUGGUCUCAGUGUCAGGAAACGAGUGAUAAAAAUCAUGGAGGAAAUAUGCGAAAAAAUAUCAGACCAUCACAAAAUUCCAAAAAUAUGUGCAAAAGUGAUGGAAAGAAUCUAUGAUGAAGAAGAAAGUGUUCGGAAGCAAGUAAUGGCUGUGUUUUACAAUAUGUGGUUCAAAGGAGCAGCAGGUUCAGAAUUACAGAAAAGAGUGCACCAUAUCAUAAGUACAGUUUCAUCAGCUGGUGACAUGGGAAUUAAAUACCUCAAGGAACUUCUGAAAAGUAUGAAUGAACAAUUUCUGCAUACUAAUGUCCAAGAAGCUUGCCUUGCUGAAUGUGAACAGAUUUUGGGUUGCAUUAUAGAAAAUGUAGUAAAUUAUGGACAAACUGGUGUAGAUAAUCUCAUUUGGAGUUUUCGUGUAUUGUCUGUUAUGGCUACAGUUUGGCCUCAGCUCUUCGUUCCUCACAUUAUCAAUCUACAUACUUAUCUUAAUUAUCAUUGUGAGGCAGCUGAAAGUUACUAUAUAGUGAAAAGUGCUGCAGAAAUUGUGGAAGCAGUGCUGCCAUUAGUUGACUAUCCAAGUGAAACAUUUCUUUCUGAUGUGGAAGAAUGCUGUAUCAGAAACAUACUUCAGCAACAUUAUAUCCUUGUGAAGUCAAGCAUGUCAUGUUUAGCUGCUGUUGUCAAUAAUGCUACCCAUAAUUAUUCACUAAUAAGGGACUGCUUCUGCAGAUACUUCAUUCAUUUGAGGAACUUCCAAAAGGUACAUGAGAAAAAUCCUGAGGCUCCAGUACUGACAGAGUUUAAAAACUUCUUACGAAGAUCGUUGUAUAUCACUGGGUGCUUCCUAAGAUACUUUGACUUUACUGCUCCAGAACUUCUUAAAGAUUUAGAGGCUGACACUGUGAAGCAGGCAGUUGACAUCUUCAUGUACUUCUUGAAAGAUGAGUGUGGCGACGAACUUCCUGUUGCCCUUUGUGGUUUAGGUGCACUAUGUGUCAACCAUAGUGAGCUCAUGCUUGGAUCGCACAUCAAGGACUUGUACCACAGAUUCCUCACAACACAUGAAAUCAGUACCUGCAUAAAAAUACAAGUCCUGGAAAACAUAGAAAUGUACUUGGAAGAUGUUGAAGAUCGUUUGAUUAAGGAGGAUAAGAAAUGGACAGAAAUUUCUCACACCCAAAGCCUGAAAGAACGAGGUGAAAAGUGGUCUGGAGUGGCAAGCGCUGUCAUUCAGACAUACUUAAAGGAUAUAUUAAAUACAAACUUUCAUCACAACAAUCAACUGCGUUACAUUGUAUUUGAAAUUGUUCGAAGGAGCUUGUCUCAAGGACUUGUUGACCCUUUGCAGGUGGUGCCCUACCUUAUCUCUGCGACAACAGACUGUGAUGCAAGUCUCAACUAUUGUGCACAGAUUCAGCUUCAAAAUUUGCAUAGAUCACAGUCACGUGCAUUAUCUUGCAAAUUCCAGAAGGGACUGGAGGAUGCUCAACGGCUGCAGACUAUACUUCAGAACACAUCAGUCCCAAGAGGAGCACGAAGUGGCAUAGCUCUGCAUGACUGUCUCUACAGAAUGGUGUUUAGUAAUCGUCAGAGUAGGAAUGCAUUCCUACGACGGUUGCUGCAAGAGUUUGAUGUAAAGGGACUUCUAGCAAAUUCAACAAAUGAGGAGGAAAAUGCUGAAUCACUUUUGGCCCGACUCCCAGCAAAUAUAAACUCAUUACAAACUUGUGUUACAUCAUUUCAUGGUUUGAAGCUCCUCUUGUCCAUCAGAGAACACUUGCAGAAAAUUUAUUCUAUAGGCAACAGUAAAAUUUCACAGUAUACACCUAAGGAACACCUGAAACUUUAUGAAAAAUCUCUACCACAACAACACAAUAUAUCAUUUGAGCCAAGUGAGAUAUUGAAUGAUUUAACUAAUCAAGGACACAAAAUGGCAAAAACUUCUGAAAGAAAGAAGCUUGUCCAGAAAUACCUGGAGUUCAAACGACUCCUUGAAACUGACCUUGAAGAUCCUGAUAUCUCUAUUGGCAGAGAACAUGGAAAUGAAGAAUACAUUGCAUUACUGAAAAAUAAAAUGAAUGUAAACAAGAGUAAUGUACCUAAGAGUGCCCCAAGUAGGAAGGAUUCUCACAAACGGAAAAAAUUAAAUUGCAAGAAAAAAAUAGGAAAGAAACAAAGAAGGACAUCAGAAGAUGAAACUGAAGAAGAGAAUCAUAGCAGUUUUGAUGACAUAUCUGAUGGAUCAUAUGAUAUGUGAUGUUUCUGCUUGUGACAUUGCUUCCAAAUCUUAUGCUACAUGCCAAAGAAAAACUGCAAAGAUCACAUAAUACAGGUGGAGCAGAAACUGCUUGGAAAUUAAUACUACAUUUAUUAGUUUCACAUUAUUAAGAAAUAUGUAUACAAAUUAAGUUAUUUACUAAAUAUUAUGUAGUGAGUGUUACUGUUAUUUAUUUUAAAAUAAUGGGCACCCUUUCAAUUAACAGAAUUGCUUUUCUUAAUUGUAUUUAAUAUUGGUAAUGAUAUGAGUAAUGGUAAUUAUUCACUGUCUAGUAAA